AUGAGCGAAGAGCCAGCACCCGAUGCCAAGCUCUUCUCGGGCCGCUGGACGAAGGAUGAAGAAGCCUACACCGACGCCUUGAUUCGAGAGUUUCGUGCGGGCAACUUGCCCGAUGUGCCCGAAGGAGCGACGCUGCGCAACUACUUGGCGGAUGCUAUUGGGUGUCAUCCCAAGCGCAUCUCCAAGAAGUACGAAGGGACGGACUACAAUGGUCGUCAACAGUACUGGCGUAACACACAGUCGAUUUCGGACGAAGAAGCCAUGGGGCGACUCAACCAACUCGACGGGUUGCGAGUGGCCUUCAAAAAGAGCCGCGAAGCCCAAGGCAACAAGAAGGCCAGCCGACAGAGGUCGCUCAGUCGAUCUCGAAAGCCCGCGGAGGGGAAUGCAACUAGUAGUACUACUAGUAGUGGCAAUAGUAAGCGACCGAGCAUUAGUCGUUCCAAGUCGGCGCCAAAAGAAUUACAAGUCUCCAAACCGCCAGCUCCGGAGGGCAAAGCCGCGUUACGCAAGACCAAGUUCUUCAAGCAACAAGCGGCGACACCGAAACAGUCUCCUGUGGCGCAAAAACCCAAGGCCGCCAAGGCAGAAGCUGCUGCGGAGGACAUGAUGAUGAUGAGUCCACCGCAGCAGCCAAAGGCACUUGCAGCCGCGGAGCCGACAACUCCACGCGCUGCUGCUGCUUCUUAUCCAGCUCUCCCAGCGGCUAGUUCCGCAGCCACCACCCAGAUCACUCAUAAUAGUAGCUUGAAUUCUAUCUUGAACGCGGCAAAUCAGACCCCGCAAAACGGUGGUCCUAACUUGACCCAGAAUCGUAGCUUGAAUGCCCUCUUGAAUGCGGCGCAGAACCAAGGACCAUCCGCAACGCACAAUACUAACUUGAAUGCCAUCUUGGCGGCGUCCAGGCUGGCUAGUACCCGCCGAGGAACCAAUGCCACACAACAAGGACUUGCCGGACUCGCAGGUCUGGCCAACAAUGCGGCCCUCACCAACCGAUUGGCAGCGGCCAAUCCUCCUCCACCUCCUGCUGCAGGUCCCUCGUUGGAUGCUGCCGCCUUGCUCCUGCGACGUCAAGAAUUGGUGCGCCAACUCACGUCCAAUGCCGCCCCGACGUUGCCCCGGGCACCCUCCGCCACCAACAACCGCUCCGAUUUGGAACGCAUGUUGCUGGCUGCACGACAAGCCCCGUCACAACAACAAGAACAGGCCACCACCAACACAAACAAUCGAGCCGAAUUGGAACGGCUCUUGUUGGCGGGAAUACCCGGUGGCCAAACUGCACGAGAGGAACCGGCACGGCCUCCUCCAGCCGCGGUUACGAAUCGAGCAGAACUGGACCGUAUCCUGUUGGCCGGUAUUCCGGGCAUGAACAACAACAAUGCCAACAACAACAACAACGCUGCGGCGACACGAGAAAACACCAACAGGACACAGAGCGUAAUACAAGAGUCCAUGGCGGCACGAGGCAACAACGCACCUCGUGGGAUUCAAGACAUCUUGGCCUCGAGAACAUCUGCCGCCGCUCCUGCCAACCAAACACUCCAAGACCUGUUGGCAUCCGGUCAACCAAAGGCGAACCAGCCUCGGGGACUCCAAGAUCUUCUAGCGUCUCGCAAUGCUGCUGCUCCGCCUGAAGCAGUAAACCAACCUCGUGGACUCCAAGACAUUCUGGCGUCUCGAAACGCUGCUGCUCCCGCUGCGCCACAGGCAGCCAGCCAACCUCGGGGACUCCAGGACAUCCUGGCAUCACGCAAUGCCGUUCAACCUGCAUCGAAUCAACCUCGUGGACUGCAAGACAUUCUGGCGUCUCGAAACGCUGCUGCCCCAGCAGCCAGCCAACCGCGUGCUCUCCAAGAUAUCCUGGCCUCUCGAAAUGCACAGGCCACUCAACCUGCGGCAAACCAACCUCGUGGUCUUCAGGAAAUAUUGGCCUCUCGAAAUGCAUCUGCACAGGCCAAUCAACCUGCGGCAAACCAGAAUCAACCUCGUGCUCUUCAAGAUAUCUUGGCAUCACGACGUGCUCCUGCACCCGCUGCUCCAACUGCCACGAACCAGAGCCAACCACGCGCUCUCCAAGAUAUUUUGGCAUCGCGGAUUGCCCCCGCACCUGCCAACCAACCUCGUGCUCUCCAAGAUGUUCUGGCAUCGCGAAAUGCGCCACCGAAUGGUGCUCCUCCUGCAAUGUCGGCACGGGACUUGACGAGAAAUAUUUUCCAAACGUUGAGUUCUGCUCCGGGGAUGGCUGCCAUUUUGUCUCGAAAACGAGACGGUGUGGGAAUGCCAAGCAGCAAUGCAGGGGACAAUCCAGCCACCAAACGCAACCGUCUGGCAGAAGCAUGA